AUGGAGACAUGUAUUCUGUUACCAAACGGCCUUGCUGUCUGCGAGAAGUUCGAUGACGACACUUACCAAGCUGCAGACGAUGGAUCGAUGUUUCGGUCACGACCGAGUAUAUUUUCGGCGGUGACGCUUCUACCGGGCACCAGUUUUUACCCAAAAUGUGGACCCAUUUCUGUCAUCAGACUCGGAAGUCAUUUAAAACUGGAGAAUUUAGACGUAAGGAAUGGAUUCGGUUGCUAUGAAGAUGUAACCUGGCUGAAUGGAUUCAGUAUAAGACACUGUAACUGGAUAAGAUAUUUAAGAAAUGUGGAUAAAAUAGAAAAUGCCAACAUGGUGGCUAUGAAAAUUAAAGGACAACCAGUAUACAAUGUAACCAAAGUAAUCCCAUCUAACUCGGAGAUAUUAGUGUACUUCUCAACUACAGAUCACAGUAUGAGUUCAAUAUUGAAGGAUACCAGUCCUGUGUCACCACCUGUACAAUCACCACCCAUGCCUCUUACACAUUCUAUACCAGAUUAUUGCCAUGGUGUUCCUACUUCUCCAAUGAAGUUUUCACCACCACCACUGUUACAUGUACCCACUGCAUUGAAUUUGAUCACUCCACCACCUGAAGAUGACAGGAAACACACAUCGUACCAUAAUAGCAGGGAACGCUACACACAACAUAUCAUAGAUAAAAAUAACAGAAGCGGUCAUUUGUUGAGAAGAAACAAAGAAAGAUCUAUGUUACCUUGUGAAGUCUGUAAUAAAGUAUUUGACAGACCAUCAUUGUUAAAACGACACAUGAGAACACAUACUGGUGAACGACCUCAUCGUUGUGAUGUGUGUGGUAAAGCAUUCAGUACGUCCAGUUCUUUAAAUACACACCAAAGGAUUCAUUCUGGUGAGAAACCACACCAGUGUAAAAUAUGCUCUAAAAAAUUCACUGCAAGUUCCAAUCUCUACUAUCAUAAAAUGACACAUCAAAAGGAAAAGCCACAUAAAUGUACGCUGUGUUCCAAGUCCUUCCCAACACCUGGUGAUUUGAAAUGCCAUAUGUAUGUACAUAACGGAUCAUGGCCAUUUAAAUGUGGACUCUGUAACCGUGGUUUCAGUAAACAAACAAAUCUAAGAAAUCAUUUGAUGCUACAUACUGGUGAACGACCGUACGAAUGUACACUUUGUGGCAAAAGAUUUGCCUUGCCCUGUAACUUGAAAGCUCAUAUGAAAACACAUGAAGGUUCCAAAGUACUGAAGUGUUUGACAUGUAAAAAGACCUACUUGUGUGCUGAGAAUAUUAACAACGAGACCUGCUACAAAUGCAAAGAACAGCUAACAGCCGUCACCAAGGACAAUCCUGCUUCAAAACCCGAAGACCACGGCAAUCCAGUCAACUGGAAUAAUUUUGUAAAUAACACUGAUGCAGAAAAGAAUUUGACAAGGGUGAAUAUGAGGUCAACGCCAAAUGAGUCUGCAAAGCCAACCAAUCAGGAACAAUCUUCCAUGGUGCCUCACAUUGCCUCACCCAAUCAGGAUUCAGGUUACAAACACUGGCAGGGAAGAUUUAUAUAUGAAAGGUCAAAUGUCGCAUCUGUCAGAUCACCAUGUGAGGUGGAACCAGUGAGCUCAACAACUAAUGGCAGCUUAGGUAACAUAGCUUGCGCUCCAACAACAUAUCCAACCAAUCCAUACAUGCCUUACAACCACAUGUCUGGUAGCAUUGUUUUACCAGGACCUAGUAACAUGUCAUAUUAA